AUGCGUGCCUUUUUCGUUGCGCUCCUUUUGGCCCCAAGUGCCGUUCUUUCUCUUAACAUCGUGGUUGGCCACAUUACAACCGGAAAACAGUGCUGCAACCACGGUGCCGCAGAUGAGAGCCGUAUUUGCGAACGCAAGGGCUUAAAUGCUUAUUGUUGUUCCGAUGCUCGCAAUGACGCCAAGGGCGGGUGCAAGGAGGAAGUCUACGAAGUCGGACGCCUUGUGCAAGCCUUUAGUACGAAUGGAAUUUGCUCAGGACAAAGCAGCUCUGGUGAUACAUUGCAAGGAUUUGUUGGUUGCGCGGAAUAA